CGGUUAGUAGCGGCUCCAUGUUGAAUGCGCGCGCGCGACUGCGAUUGGCGCGAUUAUGAAAUUCGAAUGCGGUGACGGUUACGUUUGAAUUUUAUAUUUUUUUGUAACUCACCAGUGUCAAGUGUGGAUUUCUGUGGUUUCCGGCUGUUUACGGAGUUUCGGUGUACCUGCCUUAGUGGCGUCUAGUACCUACAGAGAUAUCUACACAAUACUCGGUACAUUUUCCUGUCGACAACAUCAAGGUCUUUGAACCCAGCGAUAACGAUGUCUCGCACGCCGCUUCUCCUGUUGGCCGUGGCUGCCGUCACUCAGGGUGUCUUCGUGACGCUGCCGGCCAACCCUGGCCAAGGGCAGGUGUUCUUCCAGUCUGCCCCCCCUCAGUUCUCCUCACAGUCAGCGGCUCAGGGACUCCAGGGGUUCUUGCAGUUCCCUUCACAACGUCGGCCGGUCAACGGCUUUGGCCACGCCGCGGCCGCGCCACAAGCAGCGCCCACCGGACACACCACAAGCUUCAGCAACCCUCCCCCGCCGCUGGGAUCAGCCCAAGACCCGGCGACGCAGACCUGCGGGCUGGCCCCACCAGGGUGCGUCAACUCUCGCUACAGGAGCAUCGAUGGAACCUGUAACAACCUGAGGAGACCCGCGUGGGGGGUCCCCCAGACGCCUUACGGACGCCUGUUGCCGUAUAAUUAUGCUGAUGGUGUAUCUGCGUUGCCCGUGUCGGUGACGGGACAGCCUCUGCCGAACCCGAGAGAAAUAAGCCUUCAAUUGUUCCCCGAGAAGUUAUUAGUGGACCCUAUUUGGAACCUGAACGCUAUGCAGUGGGGGCAGAUCAUCACCCACGACAUGUCUCUCACUGCUGGAGUUACUCAGUCCCAGGGCCCGGGCGGCCAGGCUGCGGGGACCACACUGCAGGGCUUCGGCAGUGACAAGGAAUCCGUGACAUGUUGCGACGACAGCGGGCAGCUGACCAGCGACGCCGUCACCAACCCCGCGUGUGCCCCCAUCCUGGUGCCGCCCACCGAUCCCAUCCAGGUCCCGCUCGGGGGGCAGUGCCUCAACUUCGUGAGGACCGCCACCACCAGAGACCGGAGGUGCACGCCGCCGCAGGCGCCCGCUGAGCCGCUCUCCGUCGUGACAGCCUACAUGGACCUGUCUCUGGUCUACGGCAGCAGCCAGGGCCAGGCUCAGCCAAUCAGGGCGUACCAGGGGGGCCGGCUAGUGACGCUGGUGCGGGGGGGACAGGAGUGGCCCCCGCAGGACCCCAAUGUCACCCAGACCUGCGAGUCGGCGCAGUCACCCAACGAGCCCUGUUAUUUGACUGGUGACAUCCGCACGAACCAGAACCCGCAAUUGGCUCUGCUCCAGAUCAUUCUGCUGAGAGAACACAACCGAUUGGCAGACACGCUCGCGCACCUCAACCCCCAUUGGUCGGACGAGAUCGUGUUCCAGGAGGCGAGGAGGAUCAACAUCGCGCAGAACCAGCACAUCAACUACUACGAAUACUUACCCAUAUUCCUUGGCUACGAGAACAUGAUAAAGAACAAGCUGAUCUACCCCGGGGCGAAGGGCUACAUCAACGACUACAACCCGAGUGUAGACCCGGCCAUCCUCGACGAGCACGCCACGGCCGCCUUCCGACACUUCCACACGCUCAUCCGGGGAUAUCUGUCCUACAUCAGCCAAGACCGUCAGCUGAUCGGCGCCGUCCGCCUUUCUGAUUGGUUCAACCGCCCGCUCAUCCUCGAGCUCGGGAACAGCUUCAACGACCUCACCCGAGGACUCACCGUCGACAACAUGGACUUCAGCGACCAGUUCUGGACCAGCGAGAUCACUCAGUUCUUGUUCAAGCGCAACAACACGUUCGGCGGUGACCUCCGCGCCACGGACAUCCAGCGAGGCAGGGACCACGGCUUGCCGACCUACGUGGCUGCACGAGGCGCCUGCGGUCUGCCCGUGCCGCACUCCUUCCAUGACAUGACGGACUACAUCUCUGAGGAGAACGUGCGAAUCAUGGAGUCCAUAUACGCGAGCCCAGCAGACGUGGAGCUGGUGGUGGCCGGGUCCCUCGAGCGGCUGGUGCCGGGCGCGCAGGCUGGGCCCACCUUCCUGUGCAUCCUCACUGAACAGUUCUACAGGACCAGGGUGGCUGAUCGCUACUUCUAUGAGAAUGGAGCGGAGCGCGAGAUCGCUUUUAGCCCGAGUCAACUGGAGUCUAUCCGGCACGGCGCGUCGAUGGCUCGCCUGCUGUGUGACAACGCCAACGAUGUCCGAGUGAUGCAGCCGCAAGCUUUCCGCUUGAUCGGAGAAAGCAACAAAUUGGUGCCAUGCGAGGCUAUUCCGGCCAUUGACCUCACGCUAUGGCAGGAGCCAGUGGGACAUUUCAAAUGAUAAUGUUAAGUAAUAAUAAUUAUGUUCAUAAUAUUUCGAAUCGUAUGUAAAUAGUUUACCUACCUGUACAACGAACCAUGCCAUUUUACAAAAGUUACCGUUAUGUCUGUGAAGAAAUACUUCAGUAAUGUCACUAUAAGGUCCUAAGUAAAAGUUAAAAUAGUUAUAAAAAUGCUCUUCUUCGUUUACUUAAUUUUGAAUUGCAAUGCCUUUAUACAGGGUGUUGCAAAAAGGGUAUACUAAGCCGAAACCUAUGUGUGCAGCAUAUUUCGUGUAUUUUGAAAUUCUCUUUACAUUUUCGGGGUUAGAUAUACCUAACAUGCUGCACACGUAGGUUUCGGCUUAGUAUACCCUUUUUGCAACAUCCUGUAUAAUAUAAAUAGUUUUCUCAAUUUACCAACUGAACUUCCUAUUAUACGUACUCAAAUCUCAGUUGAUGUGGUUAGAGUUUCACUAUAAAUGAAGAAUUUACGUUAUGAUCCUGUUACCUAUUAAUAAAUAAUAAUUUAUCAGAAUAUAGCAUUACGUAUCAUAAUAUGUAGUA